GCGGAUGCGGAUGCCGAGGUGGCGGCAGCGGUAGCGGCGGCGGCGGCGGCGGCGGCGGCGGCUGCCGCCGCGGAUGCAGAUGCGGAUGUGGAGACGGGCGGGGGCUCCGAGGGAAACCCGGACUUUCCUAUGGCCUCGCUCUAUGUGGGCGACCUGCACCCUGAGGUGACGGAGGCAAUGCUGUAUGAGAAGUUCAGCCCGGCCGGGCCCAUCCUCUCCAUCCGCAUCUGCAGGGACAAGAUCACCCGCCGCUCGUUGGGCUAUGCAUAUGUCAACUACCAGCAACCGGUGGACGCCAAGCGGGCCCUGGAGACCCUGAACUUUGAUGUCAUUAAGGGCAGGCCAGUGCGCAUCAUGUGGUCCCAGCGGGACCCCUCGCUCCGCAAGAGCGGGGUGGGCAACGUCUUCAUCAAGAACCUGGGCAAGACCAUCGACAACAAGGCUCUGUACAACAUCUUCUCGGCGUUCGGCAACAUCCUCUCCUGCAAAGUGGCCUGCGACGAAAAGGGGCCCAAGGGCUACGGGUUCGUGCACUUCCAGAAGCAGGAGUCCGCCGAGCGCGCCAUCGACGCGAUGAAUGGCAUGUUCCUGAACUACCGCAAAAUUUUCGUUGGGAGAUUCAAGUCGCAUAAAGAACGAGAGGCCGAAAGGGGAGCCUGGGCCAGACAGUCCACCAGUGCUGACGUCAAGGAUUUCGAGGAAGACACCGACGAGGAGGCCACCUUGCGAUGAAGACAUCCCAGGAGCGAGCCAGCCAGCAGAGCCAAGCCUUGGCUCCCACCCGGUUUACAACCCCCCUUUGCCUCCCCCACCCCCAACCCACCAGCAGUAUAUUGUAUUGGGAGUGCAGGUCUCUCGCUCUCUCGCUCUCGCUAUCUCGCUCUCUGUCCGUCUCU